CGGAGAUUUUUUUUUUGUGUUUACAUCGACGAUAAAAAAACAGGCGACACCUCAACGAACGACUUUCACUACGUCCGACGCAACCUGGUUUCAAGCUCAGUCUGGCCUCUUAUUGUGCGCGGUCCGCUCGAUCAUGACCUGUCAACAUGUCCCCUGCGAUUUCUAGGAAAGCUCCCUAUAAGGACUUCCUGCAACCUGCGCUUCACAGACGGUUCUCGUCUGCUGCGACAGUUCUUCUCGGCCUGGUCUACGUCCAGGCCAUCUUUCUCGGAGAGCUCACAUCCUUCCUUUGGUCCUGGUUCCCCAUCGGUCCCGUCGGCGUCCGAACAGCUCUCCUCUUCGCAUGCGCUCUCUCGGUCAUAGUUCUCCGCAUCUCCCAGUAUCACUUUGGCUCCCGGGCUACGGCGUCGCCGAUCCACAGUCUCCCCCAGCUCUUUACCAUCCAAGCUCUCGAAGCAUGGCUGUUCUACGGCUUUUCCAGCGCCCUGUUCGGGCUGGUCUACCUGUGGUCCCGCCCGUCGGAUUCCAAGCUGAACUGGGUCAUUGCCAUGAGCGGUGAUCGCGUCAAGCUGAACGAGCGACCCGUCUUUGUGGUGUAUUAUCUCUUCGUCAGCGCCAUCGCCCAGACGUUCGUCCACAUGACUUUCGACAAGGACCAGCUGCGCAUCGACAUCUCCGAACAGCGAAGGAAAGCCCCGGCCGACUCAUCGCACCCGCUCAAAGUCGUCCUCUCGAGAUUGCCUGCCAUCUUCGUCUACGCUACCGUGCAGUCCCUGGUUGUCUGGGUCAUCUCGGUCAUCUCCUACACAUUGCUCUUCCGACGGACCGUCUGGGGCUGGUCGCUGGCAUUUUCCCGGCCGUUCUACAACUUGCCCAAGUCCAACAUGCUGCCUCCGCGCGACUAUUGGUUGGGCCGCAUCGCGCUGCAGUGCCUGUACGCUGGGGUAACACUGUCGACCAUGUGGAUGGUCGCCAAUUACGCCUUCUCCAAGUUCAUGGUCAAGGCGCCGUUGAAGAAUGGGAAACCGCUCACGAACGAUUCGAAGGACCCGAACGGUAGCUUACUCAAUGGGCUAAAGAGCAAGAAGGCGUCUAUCAGGUGUUUUGCUGUUUGGGAACUUGCUCUGAUCGCCCGGGAUUUCGAAGAUCGGCGCAAGGCCGUAUUCGAAGACAUCGAUCGAAAAGACGGGCCCAUGUGGUCUCACAUCUACGUUAUCUGCCUGGAUAUCGUCAAGGCCAUGGAGGCGAGAGUGGACGAUUACGGCAAGCCGGCUCCCGCGCCGGCUGUCGAGCCCGAACCCGUCAUCGAACCGAGGGCUCGGUCCACCGCGUCCACCGCGCCCCUUAAGGAGGAGCCGAUAUUCCGAGGGCGGCCCGCGACCAAAUCGAUGCGUGGAGAAGUGGAAAAGGCUCUGACCCAGGCGGGCAGGGCGCCCGGACAAUCACCCAUCGCACAGCUCAGCCCACUGGCGAAGAAGACGCUGCAGGGCGCGCGCGACAAGGUUCUCAGCAAGGAGCAGCAGGAGGCUCUGAGCCCGCCGCAGAUCACAAGCCAGCUCCAAGCAUGGGCGUUGACGGUCAUCCGCUAUCCGUAUGUGGGCUGGAUCUUCCGGCAGACCUUCCGGCGAUGCAUCACGCCCGCCGUAUUCGGCACACCCUAUGCGGAGCCUGGUCACCACGUGCAUGCCGUCGAGGUUCUCAGCCUGCUAGCCGUGCGCAGCUUGUCAGAGGACAAGUUUGGGAAUGUCCACAGGGACGUGGCAACGAUCAUCCGGACUUUUACGAGAGUGACGAAAAAGCUGGAGGCGUUCAGGGAGAACUUCCCCGUACACUGGACGGACGUGGGAAACCGGAAAUACGCACCAGAGGUGGAUGUGCUGCUGAAGACGCUGAAGAAGGGCUUGUCGGAGGUUGUGCAGGGGUUUGAGUCGUAUAGCCGCGACCUCCGGCUCACCAGGUCGGACAUUAGGGAGGCGAAGGAGGUAUCGGCCGAGGCGGAAACUUCUGCAAAGACGGAACGCUCCGAAGAGGGCCGUGAUAAACAGCCCGAGAUGACACAGCUGGGCCGUUAGGGGCGAGCUUGGCGUGUAUGAGGGAUAGGCGGCAGUGUAUCACUGCAUGUUAAAUUUUCUCUCUAUGUAAUGAUGUGAAUUCCAACUAUCUUCAUGCUC